CAUAAUUAUUAAAUUUCUAGGCUCUCGUUGGUUGAAAAUCAACGAUGCCUGCAUUCCUUAAGUACAUCACCAUGGACAACUUCAAGUCCUACAGGGGCUCCCAGAAAAUCGGUCCUUUGAAGCCGUUCACGGCUGUCAUCGGCCCCAAUGGCUCCGGCAAGUCUAAUUUCAUGGACGCCAUCAGUUUCGUUAUGGGAGAAAAAACAUCGUGUCUGCGAGUGAAAAGACUGAGCGAGUUAAUCCACGGCGCCUCCGUUGGCAAACCAGUCUCUAGAUCGGCAUCCGUGACCGCAAUUUUCGAGCUGGAGGAUGGCACGGAGAAGAGUUUCUCCAGGGUCGUCCUCGGCUCCUCAUCUGAGAACCGCAUCAAUGAAGAAACCGUCAGCAGCCAGCAGUAUCUGUCAGAGCUGGAGAUGCUGGGAAUCAACACAAAGGCCAAGAAUUUCCUUGUCUUCCAGGGCGCGGUCGAGUCGAUCGCCCUGAAGAAUCCGAAGGAGAGAACUGCCCUGUUUGAGGAAAUCAGCAGAUCUGGUACUCUGAAGGAAGAGUACGACCGGCUAAAGGUGGAGGUGUCACAGGCGGAGGCGGACACGCAACACACUUACAACAAGAAGCGCAACAUCGCCCUGGAGAGGAAGGAGGCGAAAAUGGAGAAUGAGGAGGCCGAGAAGUACCAACGGCUGAAGGACGAGCUUGCCGAAAAGCAGGUUGAGUUAGCGCUUUUCCGACUCUACCACAACGAGAAGGACAUCGAGGUGAUCACCGACGAGCUGCAGACGCAGCAGCAGGUCGUGCAGCGCAUAGAGCAGUCCAAGGAGGGCAAAGAGGAGGAGCUGAAGGAGAAAAAGAAGGAGCAGGGUAAGAUUGGCCGAGAGAUGGCCAAGACUGAGCAGGAGAUCAGAGAAAUUGAAACGGAGAUUAACAAGAAGCGGCCUAUGUUUAUCAAGGCCAAGGAGAAAGUGGCCCAUCAUCAGAAGAAACUGGAAACGGCCAAGAAUUUGAUGGCUCAGUCCAAAAAGGCGUAUGACGCCCACAUGGAAGACAUUGCCGAGCUGGAACGCGAACUGGCCGAAGUUGAAAAGAAGAGAAUGGAUUAUGAGGAAACCAUUGCUGGAGAAUCACAGCAACAAGGCAAAGAACUUAACCUGGAAGAAGAUCAGAUGAACCAGUACCACCGUCUGAAGGAGGAGGCGGGCCGUCAGUCAGCACUCCACCUGCAGGAGCUAGACUCAGUAAACCGCGAGCAGAAAUCGGACCAGGACCGCCUGGACAACGAGUACCGCCGCAAAACCGAGAUAGAGAACCGACUGAAGCAGAAAGGUCACGAAAUAGACGAGGCCGAGAAGCGAAUCAAGAAACUGGGCGAGCACAUCCGCUCAAGCGAGUCUGCUUUGGAAGAGCAGCGGCGGCUGCGGCGCGAGUUAGAGAGCGACGUCGGCUCAAGCAAGCACAAAGUGACCGAUUUGCAGAGGGAUUUGGAAAAUGUGGCCGAGCAGCUUGACGAAGCCCACGUGGAUAAACAUGAAGAAGCCAGACGCAAGAAGAAGCAGGAGAUUGUCGAGAACUUCAAACGGCUCUACCCUGGAGUGUUCGAUCGGAUGAUCAACAUGUGCCAGCCAAUCCACAAGCGGUACAAUAUGUGCGUGACAAAGGUUCUGGGCAAGUUCAUGGAGGCGAUCGUGGUGGACACGGAGAACACGGCCAGGCAGUGCAUCCAGUACCUGAAGGAGCAGAUGCUUGAGCCGGAAACCUUCCUGCCGCUUGACUACAUCCAGGCCAAGAACUUGAAAGAGAGGCUCAGGAACAUCCAAGAGCCGAAAAACGUCAAAUUGCUGUACGACGUGUUGCAGUACGAUCCUUCAGACAUCAAAAGAGUCGUUCUUUUCGCUACAAACAAUGCUUUGGUUUGCGAAUCACCUGAUGAUGCCAUGAAGGUGGCGUACGAGAUGCAAGACGGCCAGCGUUACGACGCCGUGGCGUUGGAUGGCACGUACUACCAGAAGUCUGGCAUGAUAAGCGGCGGCUCUCUUGAUUUGGCGCGCAAGGCAAAGCGCUGGGACGAAAAACACUUGUCUAACCUCAAGUCGGAGAAAGAGCGGCUGAUCAAGGAGCUGCGCCAGACCAUGAAGAAGUCGCGUAAAGAGAGUGAAUUGACCACGGUCGAGUCGCAGAUCAAGGGGCUGGAGACGAGGCUUAAGUACUCGAAGAACGAUCUUGAAAACACCAGCUGCCAGAUCCAGGUCAUCCAACAGGAGAUUAAGCAGCUCAAGCAGAAUCUCAAUUGUUUUGAGCCCAACAUCACGAUCAUCGAGAACAAAAUGCGCAAGAGGAACGUGGAGAUCGAGAAAAUCAAGGAAAACAUGAACAAUGUCGAGGACAUAGUGUUCAGGGAGUUCUGCGUGCAGAUCGGCGUGAAGAACAUCCGCCAGUACGAAGAGCGAGAGCUCAGAACACAGCAAGAGCGGGCCAAGAAACGCCUCGAGUUUGAAAACCAGAAGAACCGAAUCCAGAAUCAGCUUGCCUUUGAAAAAACCAGGGAUACUGAAAGUAACAUGAGGCGGUGGGAGAGAGCUGUGCAGGAUGACGAGGACGCGUUGGAGAAGGCGCGGCAGGCAGAGGGUGUGCAGCUGGCGGUAAUAGACAAGGACAUGAAGGAUAUGGACAAGCUGAAGAACGAGCGGCUGAACAAGAAGGUCGACUACGACCGACUCGAGGAGGACAUUGGCAAGAUGCGGCGUGAGGUCGGGGUAGUCGCCAAGGAAAUACUGACCGCGCAGAGGCAGGCGUCCAUUCUUGAGUCAAAGAUCGAGCAGAAAAAGGGCGAAAGACACAGUAUCCUCACCCAGUGCAAGAUGGAAGAUAUUCCCAUACCAAUGCUGAGAGGCAACAUGGAGGACAUAGGAGGUCCUGAAGCUAACAGAAUAAAGAUCGACUACGGUGCCCUUCGGUCUCAGUACAAAGACCUGGUUGACCCUGACGACAAGAAGAAAAUGGAGAACAGUCUGGGCAAGAAGCUGAACGAGUGCAUCGCCAACAUUCAGAAGAUCAACGCGCCCAACCUCAAAGCGAUGCAAAAGCUGGACAUGGCCAGGGAGAAGCUGCAAGAGACGGACAAGGAAUUUGAAAACGUGCGCAAGAAGGCGCGCAAGACAAAGCAGGCGUUCGAGCGAGUCAAGGCUGAGCGCUACAAACACUUCAUGGACUGCUUCCAGCUCGUCUCAGACAGAAUCGAUGGCAUUUACAAAAGCCUCGCGCAGAACCAGUCGGCGCAGGCCUUUUUGGGUCCGGAAAACCCAGAAGAGCCAUACUUGGAUGGAAUCAACUUCAAUUGCGUCGCCCCAGGAAAGCGGUUCCAGCCCAUGUCCAACCUUAGUGGAGGAGAGAAGACAGUUGCUGCCCUUGCCCUGCUUUUCGCCAUUCACAGCUACCAGCCAGCGCCGUUCUUCGUGCUCGAUGAGAUCGACGCUGCCCUGGACAACACCAACAUUUCCAAAGUGGCCUCGUACAUCGUGGAAAAGACCAACUCGCUCCAAACCAUUGUCAUCUCCCUGAAAGAGGAAUUCUACUCUCACGCCAAUGCUUUGAUUGGAAUCUGCCCCAACAUUGACCAAGGAGUGCUGGUGAGUCAGGUGCUAACCCUGGACCUGAUGGAGUACUAUGAGCACAAAUAGGUAUGAACUCAUCAUCUUUAUUUGCUGCUCUUGAAUUUUACCUUUUCGUCUACUUGUUGUAAAUAAUUAAUAUCAUUU